AUGGAUUCGGCCGGACGGGAAGUGGUUCUGAUCACCGGCUGCUCACAAGGAGGCAUCGGCCACGCCCUGGCUCGAGAGUUCGCCGCCAACGACUGCCGGGUUGUGGCCACGAGCCGGUCGAAGAGCACGAUGCGGGACCUGGAUCAGGAUCCGAGAUUCUAUCUCCAGGAACUGGACGUCUCGUCGGCGGAAAGCGUCGAGCGGGUGGUUUCGGACGUCGUCGGGAAGUAUGGGAAAGUGGACAUUCUGGUCAACAACGCCGGCGUUCAGUGCGUCGGCCCUCUUGCUGAGAUCCCCCUCUCUGCUGUCCAGAGUACCUUCGACACAAACGUAUUCGGGACAAUGAGGAUGGUUCAAGCCGUCACUCCACACAUGGCUUCCCGUAGAAAGGGUAAAAUUGUCAACCUCGGAAGCGUUUCAGUGAUGGGUCCCACCGCUUGGGCCGGCACAUAUACCGCAUCUAAAGCAGCAAUUCAUGCACUGACUGACACAUUGAGGCUGGAACUUAAGCCGCUGGGAAUCGACGUGAUCAACGUCGUUCCAGGAGCCAUCAGAUCAAACAUCGGGAACUCCGCAACAGCUAACUACAACAAGAUGCCCGAGUGGCAACUGUACAAACCAUUCGAGGCUGCGAUCAGGCAGAGGGCAUACCUCUCCCAAAGCCUCAAAUCAACCCCUGCAGAAAAAUUCGCGAAAGAUACAGUAGCUGCCAUACUCAGAAAGGAUCCACCAGCAUGGUUCUCGUCGGGUCGUUACUCGACCAUUAUGGCCAUCUUGCACCAUCUCCCGCUUCGUAUCAAAGAUGCUAUCAUCAACCGAAUUUCACCUAUCAACAGCAGCACUACCUGA